GCGGCGUCUUGGCGGGAGUUUCGUCUGUUUGGUUUCUAGACCCCUGGACUCUCUGGCUCUGGCCGGCACAGCUGGGGCGGGUCUCGCGGACUCAGAGACAUGGUAAACAAUGGAUAACUGUCCCGCUGCGUCCACGUUUCUGACCGACAGCUUGGAACUGGAACUGGAGACAGAAUGGUGCAGUCCCCCUUGCUUUUCUUGUGAUUUUGACCACAGAGGAGGAGGAAAACAUUUUUCUGGCGAGUCCUACCUCUCCAGCGGAUCUCUUAAGCGGGUAAUUUUGAAUCUUGAUCCUUUACCAACUAAUUUUGAAGAGGAUACAGUGGAAAUAUUUGGCAUUCAGUGGGUUACUGAAACAGCAUUAGUGAAUUCAUCUAGAGUUCUGUUUCAUCUAUUCAGGCAACAGCUCUACAACUUGGAAACCUUAUUACAGGCCAGCUCUGAUUUUGGGAAGAUAUCAACGCUGCAUUGCAAGGCACACAAUAUUAGGCAGAACUGCAUAACAUUUCUUCAUUAUGUUAAAGUUUUCAUCUUCAGGUCCCUGCAAGUACACAGUGCUGAAAGUCAUGUUCCUGUCCAUCCCUACGAGACUUUGGAGGCACAGCUUCCCUCAGUGUUGGUUGAUGAGCUUCAUGGGUUACUCUUGUAUAUAGGACACCUGUCAGAACUUCCCACUACGAAUACAGGAGCGUUUGUAAAUCAAAACCAGACUAAGUUUUACCCACCGUCAUGGCAUUUAUUACAUCUCCACCUAGAUAUCCAUUGGCUGGUGCUGGAAAUUCUUCACAUGCUUGGUGAAAAAUUGAAACAAGUUGUAUAUAGUCAUCAGUUUAUGAAUCUGGCAGGUGACAAUUUAACCAAUGUCAGCUUAUUUGAAGAACAUUGUGAAAAUCUUCUUUGUGAUCUAAUAAACCUGUCCCUCAACAGGUAUGACAAGGUUAGGCCUUCUGAGGCAUUAAUGAGUCACCAUUGCUCAUGUCCAUGCAUUAAAGAAUUAUGGGUUCUGCUCAUUCACCUUCUUAAUCACAGAAGUAAAUGGUCUCUCUCAGAAUCAUUUUGGAACUGGUUGAAUAAGCUACUCAAAACACUUUUUGAAAAAUCAAAUGACCAAAGAAGAUCUGUGCUUAUAGUCCAGCCGAGAGACCCAUUGGGUUUUAGUUGGUGGAUUAUUACUCAUCUAGCAUCAUUUUAUCAGUUCGAUCGCCAUGGAACACCAGAUGAAAUGAGACAAAUGGAAUCAAAUUGGAACUUUGUAGAAGAACUGCUGAAGAAGUCCAUCAGUGUUCAGGAUGGUAUACUAGAAGAGCAGUUACGAAUGCAUCUUCACUGUUGUUUGACCCUUUGUGAUUUCUGGGAGCCGAACAUUGCAAUUGUCACCAUUCUGUGGGAAUAUUACAGUAAGAACCUGAAUAGUUCUUUCAGUAUUUCUUGGCUUCCUUUAAAAGGCCUUACAUAUAUCAUUAAGUCACCCUUGUUUAUGCUAGAAAUGGUGAAGACGUGCUGCUGUGAUAAACAAGAUCAUGACCUGUAUAAAUCCAGCAGUAGUUACACUAUUUUCCUUUGCAUUUUGGCAAAAGUUGUCAAGAAAGCAAUGAAAAACAAUGGUCCUCAUCCUUGGAAACAAGUCAAGGGAAGGAUAUAUUCUAAAUUCCAUCAAAAAAGAAUGGAAGAACUAACUGAAGUUGGUCUACAGAACUUUUUCAGUCUUUUCCUACUGUUAGCAGCUGUCGCAGAGGUGGAAGAUGUAGCAAGUCAUGUUUUAGGCCUCCUAGAUUUCCUCAAGCCUACUUUUAAAACCUCUCCUCUCAUUUGGAACGGUCAGAUGGCCUUCCUCUUGAUGUAUACCCAGAAAAAUCUGGACAUUGGUGUUUUGGCUGAGAAAUUUUCAAAUGCUUUCCGGGAGAAAGCAAAGGAGUUCUUGGUAUCUAAGAAUGAUGAACUGGGACAAAGACAGACUCUUUGGACACUUCUUUCCAUAUAUAUGGACAGUGUUCAGGAGGUGUUUGAGACAAGCCAUUGCUUGCAUCCUUCUCAUGAAAAACUGCUUAAUGAUGGUUUUAGUAUGCUUCUACGAGCUUGUCAAGAAUCUGAACUUAGGACAGUAUUGAACUUUCUACAAGCUGUUCUGGCAAGAAUCAGGAGCAUGCAUCAGCAGUUGUGUCAGGAACUUCAAAGGGAGAAUGGGGACCUCAUGGUGCAGUCUUCAUUGUCGACUAAAGAGCGCCACCUUGCUGCGGUGGCCAGUGCGGUCUGGAGGCAUUUCUUUUCGUUUCUGAAGAGUCAGAGAAUGUCGCCGAGAGUGCCUCUCUCGCAACUCGCGGAUGCGGCUGCAGAUUUUACUUUGCUGGCUAUGGACUUGCCCAGCACUGCCCCAUCAGAUCUUCAGCCUCAGCCAGUUACAUCAAUGAUACAACUCUUUGGUUGGGAUGAUAUCAUCUGGCCCCAAGUUGUAGCCAGAUAUUUAAGUCAUUUCCUACAGAAUAGCAUGUUAUGUGAAGCACUUUCCCAUUCAGGCUGUGUAUCUUUUCAAGCCCUAACUGUAAGAUCAUGGAUCCGUUGCAUUUUGCAAAUGUAUGUAAAAAACCUUCAUGUGCCAGAUGACUCAUUCAUUGAUAGAAAUCCUGACCAGGCCGUUGAAAAGGACUACAUGGAACAGUUGACUGAACUGACAAGGUUGCUAUUUAAGCUAUCAGAAGUAAAGAAUAUUUUCUCAAAGUCUCAAGUUGAAUAUUUACCCAUCCCAGAAGAUCCUAAAAAAGCACUUGUUCUGUUCUUUGAGGCUGUUGGUAUAACUUACGGGAAUCUGCAGACAUUUUCUGAUAAAUCUGCCAUGGUCACAAAGUCCUUAGAAUACCUUGGUGAAAUAUUAAAAUAUAUAAAACCUUAUUUGGGAAAAAAAGUUUCCAGUGCAGGGCUGCACCUGACUUAUACGAUGAUGGGAAUUCUAGUUAAAUCAUGGGCACUGAUCUUUGCCACCUCUAAAGCCCAAAAAUUACUAUUCCGGAUCAUAGACUGUUUACUGCUGCCACAUACAGUAUUACAGCAAGAGAAGGAGCUGCCUGCACCUAUGUUGACUGCAAUUCAGAAGAGUCUUCCUUUAUAUCUCCAGGGCAUGUGUAUUGUGUGUUGUCAGUCUCAAAAUCCAAAUGCCUAUCUGAAUCAAUUGCUGGGGAAUGUUAUUGAGCAGUAUAUCGGGCGAUUUCUUCCAACCUCAGCUCAUGUCUUAGGUGUUGGACAACAUCCCGUUUUGUUGGCAUUGAAGAAUUCAGCCAGUGUUCCACCGAUGUCAUUGCUAAAGAAAUGCAUUGUCCAUGUCAUAAGGAAGUCCUACUUUGAGUUUAAAGGAUCCUUGCUGCCUCCUCGUUUGGCAUCCAUUCUGGCCUUCAUCCUCCAACUUGUUAAGGAAACUAACACUGAUGUUUCUGAGAUUGAACUACUCCUCCCUGGAGUAUUAAAAUGCUUGGUGCUGGUCAGUGAACCUCAAGUUAAAAGGCUGGCCACCGAGAACCUGCAAUGCAUGGUCAAAGCCUGCCAAGUGGGGUCAGGAGGAGAACCUGCCGCCCAGCUGACUUCUGUGUUUAGGCAGUUUAUUGAAGAUUAUGGUAUGAGAUAUGAUUAUCAGAUAUACAGCAUUUUAGAAGCAGUAGCAGCAUUGGACCCGCAGGUUGUUAUCCACUUGGUUCCUGCCCUUACUCAGUCUCUGAAGAAUUCAGAGCAGAAAUGGGGCCUUGGCAGAAAUACUGCACAAAGGGAAGCCUAUAGCAAGCUUUUAUCUCAGCUAGGACAAGUGGGACAAGAUGAGAUACAGAACCUUCAAAAUGAUCAUGUCGAAUCGAGUUUGUGAUUUCAUCCUCAACAUUAAUUAUAACUACCUAAAGCCACUUUGUGCCAUUUGACUCCUACUUUUAUUAAUUGUAUAAUGUUCUGUUAAAAUACUUUAUAGGAUCUUUUCCGUACAUACCUGUAAGUAUAAAGUAUAUAAAUAAGGAAAUAAAAGUUAAAUGUUACAGAAUCUUUGGAACUUGGUAAAACUGCAUUCUGUUUUGAAGCAGUUUUAGUAACCUACAGAAACUUAAAGUUUUCCUAUCUGGGAGUGUUGUCUAUGCAGGUUUGUACUGAUUGAUCCAUGGGCAUUUUACUGUAGUGUUGACUUUUUGCCUUGUAAGUAAUUUAUUUCUAUUUUUUGUUUCUUUACAAGUUAUGUUUAAUCAUGACACUAUUUCACAUUACCUGGCUGCCCUAUGCUGGUUUUGUUACUUGGUUGCUUUCUUGUUUGCUUGUUUUUAUUUUUUUGUUUCUUUUGAGGAAUGGUCAGGAGAUAGGACUGUAUAUUUGUUAUCCUUUUUUACACUGUGUUUGAGGCAAGUUAAUAAAAUUCUUUCAGAGCACACUUAA